GUGUUAGCUUUACAGGCGGAUAUUGGAGCUGGGGCGUUUAACUGCUGAACAUUUCUAACAACGACGCUUGUGUGUGUGUAUGUGGCGCCUGUCAAGCUGAUUUAUCUUGCGAGUUUACGGUCUUUAGGCCACGUUCACGUUUGCGAGCGGCAGGUUCAGCUCUUUCAGUGAAAGUUAACUCGGGAGGAGUUCUUGUUCUGUCAGAGUGACCGCCGCCAUGGACCCUGCCAGUCAAGAUAUCAACCUGAACUCUCCUCAUAAGGCUCCCAGCAUGGAUCAUUCAGACUCCCUGUCUGACAUGCCUGCUGGUGGGGCAGUGGGAAACUCGGCUCCCCCCCUUCCCCCUGGAGUGACGGAGGAAGAAGCUGUGGAACUGCGCUCUGAACUCACCAAGGUGGAGGAGGAGAUCAACACCCUGCGCCAGGUUUUGUCCGCCAAGGAGAGACACGCCUCAGAGCUCAAGAGGAAGCUGGGCCUCACCCCUCUGGAUGAGCUACGGCACAAUCUCACCAAGGGCUGGCAGGACGUACAGACCUCAAACGCAUAUCUCACUGCCUCAGCCACUUUGGAUGACAUUGCCCACUCUGAAGCGUACAAGAAGACUCAGGAGACUCUGUCUCAGGCAGGACAGAAGACGAGCGCCGCUCUCAGCACGGUGGGCACGGCCAUCAGCAGGAAGCUGGGAGACAUGAGAGCUCUGCCUUUCUCUAACUCCUUUAGUAGCAACUAUUCCAUUCGCCAGUCAAUAAGUAUGCCCACCAUGAGGAACUCUCCCACCUUCAAGUCGUUUGAGGACCGGGUGGGGAACCUGAAGACUAAGGUCGUGGGCCCCAGAGGAAACGGAGAUGCCGCCGGCUCGCCCUCUGACCCCCCCUCUGCUCAGGACAACCCACCUUUUUGAGUGCCUCCUCCUCGCUGCCAUCCUCCUCCUGACCUUAGACUGUACUGGAAUCGCCUCUCAACGCUCCGCCUGCCCUGACCUCCAGCCCUCCAGCCCAGCAGCUCUCCGCCGCUCAUCCACCCCAGCAGCGGCAGAAACCUCCGGCAUUCUGCCUCCCCGCUUUGAAAAUGUUUCCUCACUGUUUGAACUGAAAUGAAUGCACGUCAUCACCACGUCUGCCAUGAGAUGCUCACUCUUCUGUCAGUCCUCAGAUUCUAACUGAGAUGUUUUGGUUGAAGGCGUCGGCCUUUGGGUCGUCUUAGCGAGCGGGGGGCGGCGGACGGGUUUUGUUCCAGCAGCCUGAGCUCGGGGAGGGUUUGUUGGGUCUCGCUGCUUCGCUGCCCGUUGGCUUCUCUUCCUGAUUACACUCGCCAUCCUGUCCACGCUUCUGUCCCUGCACACUCACCCCCCCCCACACACACACCUCCACAGUGUGAGCCUCACUUAAAGCUGCAGAUGUUAGCGGUUUGAGAUCCCCUCGUCACAUGUCCACCUGCUACACGUCUACAACCCAAAGUUCCCACGGAUGUAAAGACAAGAAAACGAAACCAUUUUAUAAUACAAACUAUUUUACACUGCUUUACAAAAUGUUUUUACGUCAUUUUUAUCAAUAGACGGUGUGACAGCCAAAUGGUAGUGACAGGCUGUUGGGAGGGGGAGGGGGGGGGGGGUCAGGAAGGCAGGCUGAGGCUGGACAAACCCAAACACACAACAGGCGGGUCACUUUGCUUGGAGCUCCUCCCACAUGUCAGGAGGCCUCAGGAACACUCAGCAUCAGGAAACCUGCUCAUCCAGCCUCAGCCUGCUCCCGUUCACGCUCGCAGCUUUGUCUCCGCCCACCGUCGGCUCCUCAUUCGCCUGUGGCCGUGCACACUGAAUGUCUGCCCUCCUGUCGCCUUACUCCCCCCUCCCUGCUGUUUCUGAACGCUCUGCUCGUUUGAGAGGGCCGCUUCGAUUGACCAUGCACUUGUGCUCUAACUAACACGCUGCUGCAGCCAAACCUGCUGGACCGUCAACCGCCGAGGCCCGGAAACACUAAACCCCUUCAUCUCCAACCAGAAUCCAUUCACUUUUCCCCUAAAGGUUCACACUAACUGCUCUUUUCCGUUAAAUGCUGCAGACUUUGACUCCACCCGCUGCAUUUAGGUCUGUCUCUUUAGCAUUUGGGCCCAGCAGCUGUUUGGACAACCGUCCAAUCAGAGCGAACUCUCACGUUUUCUCAGUGAAGGUGCACCUCAGAGGAACUAUCUCCACAAAAACUGGAUUGUUAACAGAUCUGAAAGGAAGAGGUUUCCUGCAGCCACUGCAUUUUCCUGUUGGGUGUUUGCUUUGAUCGUUUCUGCUCUCCGAAGGCUUUUCCUCUGAAGGCUAUGGACAGUGUGCCAUAUGUGUCAGGCCAUCACUUUAAGUUGCCAAAUCUGUUACAGGUUCUUACUCUGAUCUCAUUUCUUCAUGGUCAAGAAGAGAAGCAUGUUUAAAAGAAUAACUGUCUUCAUCGGAGGCCGUCUCCUGUAGCGAGGAAGGUUUUUUUUUUUGACCGAGUGGAGAUGACCGGAGAGUUUUUCAACUGAAAGAUGAGGCUGCAGCUCCUCAGCAGCCUCACAGGGAUGAAGCAGUUCAUGCAGUCAGACGCCACCUGCAGACUGCUCAAAGGGAUCAGAGGAUUGUGCUAAAUCACUUAGAAAGCAUUUUUGUUGUAAAUGUUUGGAUAUCAAUAAAAGCAUUCCUUUAAAU